UUAUAAACGGUACUGCGUCCUAUCACUCUGUCUGCCUGCCUGUCCCUUUUCCCUUUUCCCUUUUAUACCACCUCGUCCGUCUCAGCAUCAUCCUUCUUUCUCUCCUUCUCUCCAACUCAUCCCAUCAUCCCAUCCCAUCUCAUCCAUCCACCACCCUCACCUUCACCACCACCACCCCACAUCCAGCUGCCGUCUCCUCUCAUCCUAUCCGCCUUUUAACUGUCUCCUUAUCAUACAUGUAAGUCUUCCCACCCUUGUCUUGAUAAGCUAUUGGCCCAUUGAAGGAUAGAGAUGCUGGCUGAUUCUGUUUGGUCAAGCCAAUGUUUUCCUCGAUGAAAUUGUAUAAUAUGCAAGGAAGCUGGCCGAUGGAACAUUGUCCUCUCGCCUCAUUGGAUGCUAUAAACCGUCCGAUUCUGAUCUGUCUUGUUCUACCCUUACCACUAUAGCAUGUCCACUCCUGCCCCCGAAAUCCUUCCCGGCCGCGUUGGCAACUUGACCCCAGAACAGCAGCAUGCCCUUGAUGAGUUCAAGGAGUUGAUCAAGGCAGAGGGAAUCUUCGUGCCUGAACGUCAUGAUGAUCACUUGCUUCUCCGCUUCCUUCGUGCCCGCAAGUUCCACAUUGGCAACACCCACAAGAUGUUCGUCGAUUGCGAAAACUGGAGGAAGGAGCUCGGCGUUGACACUUUGAAGGAUACCUUUGUCUUUGAGGAGGAAGACGCCGUCCGCAGCUGCUACCCUAGGUACUACCACAACGUUGACAAGAAGGGUCGUCCCAUCUAUAUCGAGCACGUCGGUGUGAUCGACAUCAAGACCCUGUUCAAGGUCACUGACGAGGAUCGCAUGACGAAGCAGCACGUCCUCUCAUACGAGAAGCUGAUUACCGACCGCAUGCCCGCCUGCUCAAAGCGCUCUGGCCACCACAUCGAACAGUGCUGUACUAUCCUCGACCUCAAGGGUGUCUCCCUCCGCCAGUUCGCCAACGCCUUUGGAUUCAUCAAGCGCACCUCAGCAAUCGCACAGAACUACUAUCCUGAGAUGAUGGGUAAGAUGUAUGUCAUCAACGCCCCCAUGAUGUUCACCUCUGUCUGGGGUAUGGUCAAGCCCUUGCUGGAUGAGGUUACAGUCAAGAAGAUUGUCAUUCUGGGCAGCAACUACCAGUCGACUUUGCUCGAGGAUAUUGAUGCCGAGAAUCUGCCCAAGACUAUUGGAGGCACGUGCGAGUGUCCUGGCGAGGGAGGAUGCCAAACAGGCGAGCCCGGCCCAUGGAAGGAUCCCCGCUACAUGAACGCACCCGUAGAAAAGACUGCCUAGAGUGGAUGACGAUGCAGGGAGGAGGAUCUUUUUCUUAAUGACCGAUGGCUAGGAAACUCAGCACGCCAUCACUACCACCAAUAGCACGCCAGUUCAAAAAAACAAAGGCGAACAUUCGUUCAACACACCCUCAACAUAGAUAGAAAUAAACAAAUCGAUAAAAACAACAAUAG